AGUUGUGCACGUAAACACUAGAACGUGCAUGGACGCUGAGUUCAAUUUAAUUUUCAAUUUGUAACAAACGUGCUAAGUAGAAAUGGAGAGGAGUGCCGGGAUCAUUUCUCUAAUUAAGGCAUUGGGGUACCAGGGUGGUUGCUGCUUGUCGAGGUGUACAUGUGAUGAACUUCCAUGUCCACUGUUAAACUGGCUUGCGUCCCAGCUGAAGUGUCUGUGUCCCGAGCUUCGCGACUCAGGUGAGACAGGUGCUGUCUUCCUAGUGAGAGAGCUGAGAAACAUCUUGUCCGACUUACAGUCUCCCCUCACUGGGCUUACCUCAGAGAUGCUUGAGCCUUCUGUCCUCUACAAAAUUACUGAGUUCCUUGUGUCAGAAUUGCAAGCAGCGCACAUAAUCAAGCAUAAAGAGCUGGAUUCUAAGGACAAACCCGCUGGAGAAGAAACCGCAAAAGAGCAGAGAGUGGAGGAAAUAACAGCGUUUUGUCAGCAACACGAAGGCAAUAACCGAAGGACGGCUGAGAUGCAGGCGGAGUGGGUACUACUGCUUCACGCCCUUAACAUGGAUACAUCCUGUCAAUAUUCUGAUGUGCUGCAUGAGGUGGAGUCGAGGAUUGCGCUUCUUCCUGGUGAAGCCAUGACAAAGCCUCUUCUGCAUGCCAGCCUCAGUACAGAGCAGUGGAUGCAGCUGCAAAACAUAAAUCGAGUUCUGUCCGACGACUAUUUCUGUCGACAGCAAAUGAUGAUCAAACGCUUUCAGGUUUCACUUCAGUCAUUUGCGUGGGGAGAAAAACAAAAGGAGCGUAGUGAAGCAAUUGCCUCAGUCCCUCCCCUUGCAUCCAUCGCAGUUUCAUCCAGAGUGUCUCUCCCACUUCUACUGGCUACCAGAGAGGAUCAGUCCUGCAUUGAGCCCAUCAAAGCUGGCACCAGUACAGAGGUGUACAAGAAAAUGAUGGGACAUGUGCCAGACAGAGGAGGACGACCAGGGGAAAUGGAGGCACCAAUGCCUGUCUGGUCAGACCGAAGAUCUGGACAGGGAGCUGGAUGCCAUAAGUGGCAUAAAAAUCCAAAUAAAAAGAGGAAGGGAAAAAGGGAUUAGGAUGCACCCCUCUUUAGCUUGACUUACAUUUUUUUUCCAGGGAAAAAAAAGAAUUAUAAUUUAGAAUUAAUUCUAAACACAUCUUGUACUGUAUUGUAUAUUAAAAAAAGAGGAGAUAAUUGAUUGAUUUUGUAUUUAAUCUAUUUUCACACUCACAGAUAAGUUUAUAAAACUUGAAUCAAAAUU